AUGAAUGAAUAUGAAUCAAUGAAAUCAUAUCUAUUUAUUGUAUCUAUAAUUUCUUGUUUUUAUCAAACAUAUUGCAAUGUUUAUAAUCAUUAUUCAUACUUGAACAGUUACAUAAAUCAAAUUCAUACAUUUAUUGUGUUGUAUUUUGUUGAUGUGUUAAUUUGUUUAUUUGUUGAUUCAUUGGAUUUGUAUCAUAUUCAUAUUCUUCAUUAUCAUAAACAACAUCUUCUAAUGUUUCAUCACAACAAUUUUUUGUUAUCGUUCAGAAACACUACUUUUAGUUUAGAAAAUACAUCUCUAAAUAUAACAACAGGUAAAUGGAGAGUGAAUUUACCAUGA